UUUUUAGACAAUCGUCAGCUUUCUGAGAUCUCCUCUCAAGUUUUGACCAAUUCACACACCGACUGUCUGCUGUUCAUUUGACGUGGACAUCAGCUUGAAGACGGGCUCAGGGUUUCAGCUCACAUCGGGACAAAUAAAACAAAAUGCCUGGACCAGCAGCAAGUGCAACCAAUGUUGGGGCAUCAAGCCGAUCCCCAAGUAAAACAGUGGCUCCCCGAGCAGCAGGCUCCACAGUCAGACAGAGGAAAGCAACCAGCAGCGGUACACGCAGCGGUGGCAGGACCACAGGAUCGGCAGGCACCGGUGGCAUGUGGCGCUUCUACACAGAAGACUCGCCAGGCCUCAAAGUCGGGCCGGUGCCGGUGCUGGUGAUGAGUCUGCUUUUCAUCGCUUCAGUCUUCAUGCUGCACAUCUGGGGGAAGUACACCCGCUCUUAAACUCCGCCUGACGACCCCUGACCCUGCGCCUCGGCUUCUUAAUGUAUUGGACCUGGACCAAACAACAAAUGAACAACAACCUUUCUCCCCUGGUUCCCUCUGCACUAUCACUACAACACACAGACAUGUUUUUUUUUUUUUUUUUUACGCAGCCGUUUCAGUACAUGAUCUUUACCUGCACCGAUGUUGGUGUCCAACCUGUUGCUUUUGCCCCUCCUAAGUUUUUAAGAUCUGGUGGGGUGAACUGGAGGAAGCCAUGCUAGCCCACCUCAGAUGUAAUGUCUGUGUGUGUAUGUGGCCGUCUCUCCAAGCAGCAGCAGCAGCAGCAGCAGUAUGCACCCACCACUGCUGCGUGAAGGUUCAGUGCAGUGCUCACGGACAUUGUUGUUUUCAGGCCCCAGCAAACAUUUCUUCUUGUAGCCUGAAUUGCUUUUUUUUUGUGAACAGGAUUUGUACAAAUGUAAUUGUAAUAUUGUACAAUAAAAAAGUAAAAAUCAA